GAAUGUAAAGAACUACAAUUCCCAGAAGGCGUCGCGCUCGCGUCUUUUGGCGCGCCUUGCGUCGUCGACGGCCAUCUUGCCUUGGCAAACCCUUUCAUUCUGGUUUCGGGAGGAGACGCCGAUUGUAAAAUUUGAACCAGCGUGCUGCAAAUGAAGUAAACAGCCUCGGAUACAUGCGUUAAACGUACAGAGGGAGAGAGAAAAUAACAAAGACACGUCAUUUCGGAAUUAUUUUUCGAAGCUAUAUUUUUUUUAAAGCGAGUUCGAUGGCGACGGCGACUCCGAGCCGCUCAAGUGCCGGGACUCCCCGGCAAGGAGCCUCCAGCACCCCGCUGUCCCCGACCCGCAUCACUCGGCUGCAGGAGAAGGAGGAUCUCCGCCACCUUAACGAUCGCCUGGCCGUCUACAUCGAUCGAGUCCGGGCGCUGGAGCUUGAAAAUGACCGGCUUAUGGUUAAGGUUUCUGAGAAAGAAGAAGUCACCACACGCGAGGUGACCGGGAUCAAGUCCCUGUAUGAAGGGGAGCUCGCCGAUGCCCGUCGUAUUUUGGACGAGACGGCCCGAGAGAGAGCCAGGCUGCAGAUUGACCUCGGGAAGGCCAGGUCUGAACUGGAAGAGGUCACCAAAAAUUACAAGAAGAAAGAUGGGGACCUGACGGCCGCUCAGGCUAGGUUUAAAGAGCUUGAGUCUCUGUACAACAAGAGUGAAGCCAAGCUCAACGUUGCCCUUUGUGACAACCGCUCCCUGGGGGAGGAAGUGGACGACUUGAGGGCUCAGCUUGCCAAGGCAGAGGAUGCCCACGAAGUGGCCAAGAAGCAGCUGGAAGCCGAGACCCUGCUGAGGGUGGAUCUGGAGAACCGCUGCCAGAGCCUGUCUGAGGAUCUGGAAUUCCGCAAGAACAUGUUUGAAGAGGAGGUGCGUGAGGUCCGGCACAGUCAUGAGAAGCGCCUGGUGGAGGUGGACAGCGGCCGGCAGAUGGAUUUUGAGUACAAGCUGUCCGAGGCUCUGCAGGACCUGAGGAAGCAGCACGACGAGCAAGUGUCCAUCUACAAGCAGGAGCUGGAGAACACCUUCCAGUCCAAGCUGGGGAAUGCCAAGAUUAACUCAGAGCAGAACGACAAGGCUGUGUGCGCUGCCCGCGAGGAACUGCAGGAGGCGCACAUGAGGAUCGAGAGCCUGGGAUACCAGCUCUCCUCCCUGCAGAAACAGGCCAGUGCUGCGGAGGAGCGAGUCCGGGAGCUGGAGGACGUUCUGGCCACUGACCGGGACAAGUACCGCCGGCUGCUGGACUCCAAGGAGCGGGAGAUGGCGGAGAUGAGGGACCAGAUGCAGCAGCAGCUCGAUGAGUACCAGGGGCUGCUGGACAUCAAGCUGGCUCUGGACAUGGAGAUCAGUGCCUACCGCAAACUGCUGGAGGGAGAAGAGCACAGGCUGAAGCUGUCCCCCAGCCCCUCCUCCAGAGUGACAGUGUCUCGCGCCACCUCCAGCAGUCUCGCCAGUGCCACCCGCUCCUCCCGGGCCAAGCGGAAGAGGAUUGAGGUGGAGGAGUCCUCCGGCAGCAGCGGCAUUAGCAGCGGCGGCAGCAGCAGCAGCAACGUCCAGAUAUCCCAGAAAGCAGAGUCUUCCGGGGAAAUCAGCAUUGAGGAGAUCGACCUGGAGGGGAAGUCUGUGUGUGUCAAGAAUAACGGAGACAAGGAUCAGUCUCUUGGUGGUUGGAGACUGAAGAGGCAGAUUGGAGAUGCAGAUGAAAUUGCUUACAAAUUCACUCCUAAAUAUGUCCUCAAAGCUGGCCAGACUGUUACGAUCUGGAGCGCUGAGGCUGGGGUGUCUCACAGCCCCCCCUCCGACCUGCUGUGGAAGAGCCAGAGCUCCUGGGGCACCGGAGACAGCAUCCGCACUUUCCUGGUCAACUCUGACGGACAGGAAGUUGCAGUGAGAACUGUAACGAAAUCCAUCGUAGAAGUGGAGUAUGAAGAUGAUGAUGAGGAGGCAGACUUUGGAGAAGAGGAUCUUUUCCACCAGCAGGGAGACCCAAAGACAGCGCCCAGAGAGUGUUCAAUCAUGUGAAAAUGGACCUUCAAUCACUCAACUUUUUUUUUUUAAAUGAAUUUUAAUUUUUUUCUUUCUCCAGAGCCACUAAAAUAUUUUUGUACAUUUUAUUUUAUGUUCAACCUGGUCAACCAUGGAUUGCUUUUUUAUAUAUAUAUUUUUAUAUAUAUAAUGCUGAAAUAUUGGUUAGGCUUUUUUUUUCUUUCCACAGAAAUUUGUUUUCAUGUGAACACUAUUGCAAUGUAUAGUUACAGAUUUCGAAGGGGGCAGGAGUUAAAAAAACAAAGUAGAUCAGUUUAUUUACACACUCCCUAAAUCAAAUUAUAAGAAACAAACAAAGCACUUGGCUAGAGCUUAGUGGGCAAGGCACAGAUACCAGCAAAGAAUAAAACUGACGUGGACUGCUGUAGUGGGGGAGUGAGGAGUGUCUGUGUGCAUACAAAUAAAAUCUCUACAUACAGACCAUUCGAAGCAGAUUUAAGAUACCACAGGCAAGACUAACAAACUUUUAAGGUUAAUGAAAAAAAAAAAACCUGACAUUCUGGAUCCCUGUGCCCAGGUGAGUUUGUAUACCGAGCAUCAAAAGAAACUUACCACUGUUAUAGCGUAUUUAUUUUUGAAAAAAAUAAGGUAUGUAAAUGAUGGACAUUGACAAUGUUUUUGGUGUCUCUUCAAUCACUCGAUCAUUCAUCCUUGACCAUGACACACUUGAGUGACUAUGUCUGAAGCAUAUGCACUUAAUCACCUAAUUAGUGAGACAGUUGAUUGGACCCUGGAUAUGGAGUGAUUUCAGCUGUUGAAUUGCAAGCUUGAAUAAAAGCAAUAAAGAAAAUCACAGAAAAAAAAGCAAUAUGCCGUGUCUGUCGAGAGAGCAGCGCCUUCGUGCGAUCGGCAUGUUGGAGGCUGGACUAGGGCAGCGUACUGUGGCUCGCCGUCUUGGGUGCUCACAGCCAGUCAUUUUAAACCUGGCGAGACGGUAUAACCAGACACGCUCUGUCAAUGACAGCGCCACGAACUGGGAGACCAAGAGUCACAACACCUGCCCGAGAUCGACAGAUCAUUUUGCAGCAUCUUCGUGAUGUCGGUUGUUAAUCAGCACAAUAAAAAGUCACGGCACCUGCUCUAAAACAGAGUGUGUCAUUUUUCGAUCACAUCUAGUGAAUUUUAUCCAAAUAUAAGUGAUAAGUUUCUUUUGAUGCUCAAAUAUAAGUGAUUAUAUAUUAAUGAUGAUUUUUUUUGUCUGAAAGUGACCUGCAGUAUAACUUAUUGUCCAGUAGAUGGCGCCAUAUAGAUGGUGAUUACUGGCUCCGAUGUUCAGGCAGGGCUCCAUGAAACUCCAGCAGUUUAAACUGUAGGUCGGGUCUAAUUGAUACAAUGGGGCUGGAUUGUUAUUUGCCAUGGUAUCUGCUUUCUUUGCUAUUCUAAGCUCUGGUCAACCCUCCAGCAGAUUAGAUGGACAGUUUGGGGAAAGAUUAUAACGGUGGCUCAUGGAUGUUAUCUUUGCUUCAAUAAGGAGGUAUAGAAUGUUGCUGAACGCUGUCAAGUAGAGGCUCAAUGUAGUGGCUUAAGUUAGUAGAUUGGCUUUGCUGAUAUAUAAACAGGGUGGAAAACUGGGGUCUGUGCUGCUGUGUGGAAACAGCAGUGAGGGGAUUCUGAACUGACAUGACCUGCGCACAGAUUCAGGGCACUAGGAUUUAAAUCCGUGUGUGUGGUGAUUUGAAUACAGUCAUCGAAUUUGAAAAUAUGUAUUUUGUAAAAUCAUGAUCUUUUUUUAAUAAGCUCUAGUUAUGUGCUGUACCUAAAUUUAAAAUGAGAAAACCUGUUCAGAGUGGGUGUAUUGUUGAACCAAUAAUGACAGGGAGGUUUUAAUUGUUAACUUUGGUUUAUAUAUAUAUAUAUAUAUUAUAUAUAAUUACAAAUGUAACAAACCGAGGCAACAAAACACACAGCAGAGGCUAUUGCAAAAUGCAAGUGUCUUCUGCAGUUUUAAAAUCAAGUUUAUUUUCCGCCCUGUUUACACAGAUGCUUAGUAUUUGGUUGAAUUUUGUUAUAUUCGGAUCAUGACAUCAUGAUGUAUGUAACCAAGUAUUUUUAAAAAAAAAAUAAAAUUGUGUUUCUCAGACAAAGUAAGUUUGAUGCUCAUAAUGAAAUGUUCACGUGGAUGGGGCUGUCCUGUUCUACUGAGUUGCCCUGCACAAUUGUGAUCCAGUUUGUCUAACAAUUCCCCCUGUAAUUGACUAAUGCUACCAGUAUUUGAAUGUAUGACUUGCUUACGAGUUAAUUGGCAGAGUACCCCUAAAUACUUCAGCUGUACGCAUGGGGUUUCAUUCGAAUUAAUAGUUCAAACCACAUGGAAAGAAUGUACAAGGCAGCUUUUUAACAAAUAGUUUAAAGCGAAGCAAAUGUCUAAUAAAAACCAAGAAACAUACAGAUUCAGAUGUGAUCUGGCUUCAGGAACUUGCGAACGCUUGCAUUGUUAGUAACAAAUGUUACUGUACUUAAAUUGGCCAGUAGCUUGGUUAGAAAUGCUUUGCUGAAGGUAUCGUACAUUUCAUGUUUCUGGGGUCUUUCUGCAGAGGACAAGCCCUCUUGUUCAAGGGGUUUCUAGUGUCUGUAAUUUACAGCAGAUUAACACUGUAAAAUGGAUAAAGUGUUUUGCAAUAUUGCUUUAAAUAUUCCCAGUAAUGGGGGAAGGAUAUGGGCUUUUAAAAGUGUUUAAAAAUAAGGUAAUUGGAUUUUUAAACAGAUUUAAAAUAAUAAACGAUCAUGGUUAAUGAUUGACAUUUAAGCAGCUUCCUUGCAUUUUUAAAAUAUGAAAUAAAUAUCAAACCAUGUUGGCCUGGGAAACAGAAUUUUUGUAUAUACUCAAAUACAAUGCUUUUGUUUUUAUUGUAAUUUUUUAAACAAUAAUGGGUCUUUUUAAAAAAAAAAAAAAAAAAAAAGAAUGUUUACAUGCAAGUGUGGGGAGAAUUGUAAAAUUCUGAAUGCUUCUCUUAAAUGAUAAAGUUUAGGUCAAACAUUAAAGCACAGCAUUUUAGUAUUUUAAGCAAAAAAGAUAGAUCAAUAUUUUUCUAAUGGAGAAUAAUGUUAACUAGUUAUACGAGGCUUCGUGCCACGUUAAGCAUUGGAGACUGUGAAACACUACUGUGCAUUGAAAAUGUACUUUUAUACUUGCUGCUCGCUUGAAGUGAACCAGUAUAAGCUCUUGAACGAGUCGUUCAAUGUCAAUACACUGUUUCUUCAGAACUAAGGGGCGCUGUCGGAUUGCUUUUUUUUUUAAAAUGCCUUGCAGAAUUUUAUAAGGGGUAAACCCCCCUCUCUUGGCUUUUUAAAUGUUAAACUGCUUUCAGAUUAAAGGGAAACCGUUCAGUGUUGGUCCACCGUGGUUUCUGACCGACUUCGAAAGCAGCAGUAUAAACAGGGCUUGAAGUUUACCUACUUGGCCUGUAGACUUUAAGUUACCUGAAGUUUAUCAUUGUAAGAGUUGUCUUGGGUUUAUUUGGGGUGGGGAGGCAGGGUGCAUGCCAAAUUUGUGUUUUAGUUUAUUUCACUUAUUUGUAACUUUGUACAACACCAAUAAAUGUUUUCCUUGUA